AAGAGACAGACUGAUUGCCCAAAGUAGUUGGCGUGUCGAGCGGAGCCCAUGACGAACUCUGGAGUGGUGCUCUACACUUCCAUGGGGGAGAUUGAGGUGGAGCUGUACUGGAAUCACGCGCCCAAAACAUGUAUGAAUUUCUACGAGCUUGCCAAGAGAAGCUAUUAUGACAACACGCUGUUCCAUCGCAUUGUAACUAACUUCAUCAUCCAGGGCGGUGACCCAACUGGGACCGGAAGAGGGGGCGAAUCCAUCUAUGGUCCGACCUUUGAGGAUGAGAUUCAUCCAGGCCUGAAGCAUGUGGGCGCUGGCAUUCUGUCCAUGGCGAGUUCGGGACCUGACAGCAACGGAUCGCAGUUUUUUAUUACCUUGGGGCCACAGCCGUCCCUGGAUGGGAAGCAUACCAUCUUUGGGCGGGUCAGUCGGGGCAUGAAGGUGGUGCAGAAGUUGGGGUCCAUUGCCACCAAUGCCCAGGACAAGCCCAUCCAGGAGGUGAAGAUCCUUCGGGCAUCUACGGCGCUGGCAGCAGACGCCAAUCUGGGCUUGUGAAUCGGGAGGGAAAGGGCACGUCACUACUUCACUGCUGCAUACGUCACUGC